CUUUCAAUUCCUUCUUUGAAAAUGGCAGAGGGUUAUGUUUUAUUGAUGAAACAGUGUGUUCACACACCAGUCACAGCACAGAUGCUUUGCAUGCAGCACAGGACUCCAAAGUCACUCUGCAGUACAGCACUGUAUGCAAAGUAUCUUCUACAUGGUCUCUUACAAGGUUGUCAUCUUUCACCUCGUGUUAUACUUUUGACUGGGAAAAUAAAUUUACAUGAGAUAUGGCAUCUGAGUGCUGCCUCAGUGUCACCAAGUACUUCCUGUUUCUCUUCAACCUAAUCUUUUUUUUCUUGGGGUUGUCCCUUUUGGGGUUGGGAGUUUGGAUAAUAUGUUCAGAUACAAGUUCUAUACUACCAGAUAUUCCCUACCUACCUCUGUCUCUCUUCUCCUAUCUGCUGAUCAUCAGUGGCUCAGUCACCAUGCUUUUGGGCUUCUUUGGGAGCUUUGGUGCUCUGAAGGAGGUUAAAUGCAUGCUGGCAAUUUAUUUUAUUCUGCUCACGGUGCUUCUUGCAGCUCACAUAAUUGGCACAGUUCUGCUUUUCACACAAAGAAGUACGUUUGAGAAUUCCCUGGACAAUCGUGUUCAAAAUAUUAUUGAAUCAUUUAAUGUUUCAAGUCUACCACAAUUUCUACAGCCUCUACAAUUCCUUCAAAGUAAGGCCCAGUGCUGUGGCUGGGGUGGACAAAAAGAUUGGGAAACGUUCUUGUGCUCCGACCAUGGGAAAAGCUGUUUUUAUAAGAAUGACACUGCAAAGGCCACUGUUAAUGCCACUGGUAAUGCCACUACUGAAAGCUCAAAAACAUGCCGCUGUAACACACCCAAUUGUGUGAAACAUGAGAAGGAUUGCAAAGGAAUUGUUAAAGAAUGGCUUAAUGACCAUCUUAAGAUCAUUCUUGCUGUUGUACUUGCUGUAGCUGUUGUUGAGAUAUGUGGUAUCAUCCUUUCGAUGUGUCUGUAUAACCGGGUUUCCAUGGAUUACGCCAUACAUUUCUACUAGAAAACCAGGGUAAAACACAGGAGCAACAUCAGCUACAAGCAUCAGUGCAUACCAGCAGCAGUACUUCUUUUGUAUUUUGUAAUCAUUAUUGAUCCUUGUACAAUACAAUAUUUUCUCAUAUGUACAAUUUUUUAUGCUAAUAAAUAAUAACUUUAAAUAACUAUG